GAUAAUCGUCGUCCCAUCGGUGACCUCCGAUAUUCUUUAAUUGUCCCGAUUCCACGCGGUAUCCAUGGGCGACCGGUCCAUUUUCGGCGGCAUUGUCCGAGGCGGCGGCCAUUACGCGAACGUUUUUCCGGCAAAAUCGUUCAUCUUGAAGCGGUAUUUUGCGCCGAAAACCUACCAAAGUGAUCAAGAUACAAUGGCGGAUAACGAUGAUCUUUUGGAUUAUGAAGACGAAGAACAGACUGAGCAGGUAGUCGAUGGAAGCGGAGAUGUUCCAUCAAAGAAGGAAGUCAAGGGUACAUAUGUCUCUAUCCACAGCAGUGGAUUUAGAGAUUUCCUUUUGAAGCCAGAAAUUCUUCGUGCUAUUGUCGACUGUGGUUUUGAACAUCCAUCUGAAGUGCAACACGAAUGUAUUCCUCAAGCAGUUCUUGGCAUGGAUAUACUGUGCCAAGCAAAAUCGGGUAUGGGAAAAACGGCUGUAUUUGUAUUAGCUACUCUUCAGCAGUUGGAAUUAGCAGAGAACCAAGUCUAUGUCCUAGUAAUGUGUCACACUCGAGAAUUGGCUUUUCAAAUCAGUAAAGAAUAUGAGAGGUUCAGCAAAUACAUGCCACAUGUGAAAGUUGGCGUAUUCUUCGGUGGUUUACCUAUUCAGAAAGAUGAAGAGAUGUUGAAGACUGUGUGUCCUCAUAUUGUUGUCGGCACCCCUGGUCGUAUUCUUGCUCUUGUACGGAAUAAGAAAUUGAAUCUAAAACACCUGAAACAUUUCAUUCUUGACGAAUGCGACAAGAUGCUUGAAUUAUUAGAUAUGCGCCGGGACGUACAGGAAAUAUUCAGAAGCACACCGCACAGCAAACAAGUCAUGAUGUUCAGUGCCACGCUGUCCAAGGAGAUACGUCCUGUCUGCAAAAAAUUCAUGCAAGAUCCCAUGGAGGUCUAUGUCGAUGACGAGGCGAAGCUCACUUUGAACGGUCUCCAGCAACAUUACGUUAAAUUGAAGGAGAACGAGAAGAACAAGAAGUUGUUUGAACUACUUGAUGUUCUUGAGUUUAAUCAGGUUGUCAUAUUUGUGAAGUCUGUACAAAGAUGUAUGGCUUUAGCACAACUUUUAACGGAACAGAAUUUCCCUGCGAUUGGGAUUCAUCGGGGCAUGACGCAAGAGGAGCGGUUAUCCAGAUAUCAACAGUUCAAAGAUUUUCAGAAACGUAUUUUGGUGGCGACAAACCUGUUUGGACGUGGAAUGGAUAUAGAACGUGUGAAUAUUGUAUUCAAUUAUGAUAUGCCAGAAGACUCCGAUACAUAUUUGCAUAGAGUUGCGCGUGCUGGUCGUUUUGGUACAAAGGGUCUUGCCAUUACAUUAGUAAGCGAUGAAAGCGACGCGAAGAUAUUGAAUGAUGUUCAAGAAAGGUUUGACGUAAAUAUUACAGAAUUACCGGACGAAAUCGACCUCGCUUCAUACAUUGAGGGACGAUGAAUUACAAUGCACUAAGUCAUCAUAGUAUCUUUUAAGGCACAUAAUUUAAUAACUUCUUAUUCCACGUAUUCAUAACAUAAGGAUGGGCACCAAAUAAUAAUUACAAAUAUACAAAAGAAAAUGUAAUUGCAUUCACUGCAAAAAACAUGUUUUAUAUAAGUUUAUCGGCUAUUUUCAAUGAUAUCGAACAAUAGGUAUGAUCGGUUGACGUAAUCUCUAUAACCAUCGCUAUACUUUGGUCAAUAAACUACUAUUGGUAAAGAUGUA